AUGGAUCGAAAACACCGGACCUCACGACAGAGCAAGCCCAAGAACCGUACGAGCAAUGCAUGUGAGGCGUGCAAACGGAGGAAGACCAAGUGUACCGGUCUUCCUGGCCCAUGCGGCGUGUGCAAAGCCGCCGAAACGUUCUGCAACUUCAAUCCGAAACUCGACACACGACGAAAAGUCGCCUACAGCUCCUCCAACAUCCAGGACCGACAACAAUUCUUGAUCACGGCCCUGCUGCAGACCAUCCGACACGCAUCCGAGCACGAUCUCCAGCACCUAAUCACGUUGAUUCGCGAUCCCACUCAACCUGAUGCUGUAGCCGCAUGCCUCCGGGGCCAUGCUGUAACACUACAAUCCAAGGGUAUCAUCCCAAAGCUGGACAUUGACGAAACCGACGUCAUAUCCUUUGCGCUACAGGGUUUGUGUGGUCACCGCAAAAGCCGUCCUAAGCCGCAAGAACAACAGACGAGCAGCAGCGUGAGCACUGGAAGCAGUGGCGGAGACGGCAGCUGCUCAACGGCCUCGACCAGACCCAGCGCAAGCGAUGGCAGAGCCGUGCGCCCCAAGACAGAACAACCCAAUGCGAACGCAUUCGAGCGGAAUCAAACCCCACUGACCAACCUGACGUCCGCCCCACUCGGCCUCAUUGACGAUGAUGAUGACAACAACGACAGCCAUUUCGACACCUUCGACGACUUCGGUUCCCCCCGAAUGUUCGACGGCAGUCUAAUGGAUGACCCGUCGCAGCUAGGCCACCACCACAGCCAGCAAUCCAACGCAUUCCAAACACUCCACGACGACAACGACGACCUGAAACUCGAGCAAAUGUCCACAAACUCGUCCUACACCACCUCCAGCACCGACGCCGAUCCCGACUCAAUUCCCUACCUCGCCGCAGCCGCCGCCCCCGUCACCACCACUGCCGCUACAGCCACGCGACCCCCGCCGACCUCCUCAUCAUCAUCCACCGCCACAGCAAACUCCUUCAGCAUUCCCCCCUUUACAGACUACGGCUACGGCGCCCCCCAGCAGCAGCAGCAGCACUCGCACCACCACCACCAACACCACCUCCAACAAUUCCUCAACUCGUCGACACCACACGCGCUCGACACCAGCAACAGCGCCGCCGGCGUGGUGCCGCCGCCGCCCAUGGCAUUCGGCGACACCCUGGCCUACCACCAGCACUUCAUGACCUACGCGGGCAUCCCGACAACGGCGUCGCCGCGGAGCUUUGGCUUGACGCCUAUGAAGAGCCGUGCUUAG